AUGUUCAAAGUGUCUGACACUCUUUUGCGAACAUUGGGAUUAUCCGACAUUCAUAGUGUUUUUGACAAAACGCCAGCAAAUAAAAAAAAGAAUGAAAUGGUUUUUUCACUAACUUUUGCGGCAGUGUUUUUCAGUAUUUUAGGUUUGGUUAAUAAAGCGAUACACGAAUGGGACCAUGAUCCAUAUAACACGCUGGAGAUAAUUCCGAUGAUUUUCACCACAAUUCUAGGAUGGUUCGCGGGAAUAUUGAUGCAUAGUUCAACGAAGAAAAUCAAAGAAUUAUUAGAAGACUUGAAAAGUUCAUGGACAAGAGAAUUGAGAGAGGGUGUCAAUGAUAUGUUCAUUGACACCGCGAGGAGAAGUAUUUUCUUCACUGUAUUUUAUGCAAUUUUGAUCUUCACACUAGGAGCUCUUUAUAUUAUCCUGCCAAUUGCGCGCAGAAUCCACCAUUUGGUGUUUGGUGCUGAUAACAUGCCCGUAGAUUCAAACAUGGGGCUUCUGUUCAUACGAUAUCCAUUCAAAGUUGAUAGCGUACCAAGGUAUAUCUUGUGCACAAUUUUCGAAUUCAGCUGUACAUUAUUCCUCAUGAUUUCAUAUCUCGGUGUCGACACUCUUUUCCAUCAGUCGACAACAAUUGUAUCUUUAUUAUUGGAGACUGUAGGUAAUAAAUUUGGAGAAAUGACACUGUACAGUAAUCUCAAAACGUUCGAUCGCCGAUUAUUAAGAAGAUUGAAUCAUGUCGGCGAACAACAUUGUGAAUUACUCUCAUACUGUCGGAGAAUUGAAGAAAUUUUCAACCCACUAAUAUACUUGACAACACUGUUGACUAGUGCCAAUCUAUGUGUUUGCGUGAUUUCCCUGCGAUCGGAAUUAUCUAAGCUACAACUGGGGAGCGCUUUCGUAACGCUGGUUCAGGUUGUAGCUAUCAUCUCGCAGCCCCUCAUAUAUUGUAACUCUGCUGAAAAUAUUUCUCACUGGACACAAAAUAUAGCUGAUACGAUCUACUCGUGUCAGUGGCCGGAACAGAGUAAGAGCUUUAAGAAAAUGGUGCAACUCAUUAUGAUGAGAGCUCAAUGUAAUUAUAAAUUCGGAGCACAUGGACUGUUUAAAGUGAAUCGACAUCUCCUGACUCAGUUGGUGCAUACAGCUUGGAAUUUCUUCAUGUUAUUGAGGAAGAAGAAUCUUUAAGUGUACAUAUUCCAUGUUUUGAACUCAAGCAACUGUUUUUAUAUCAACACCAAUAACUCUUCAAAAAACUGGUUCUCAUUAUAUGAGGAAUUGAAGGCCAUAUAUGCAAACCAGAG